GGUUAUGUGACGCUUCAUGUAAUGACACCUUAAUUCUUUCACCAUGGUGAAUAUCCGUAGAAGACAGAUGUUUAGUCUGGUCUAAUCAUCGGCACGUGUAAAGAAAUGGCAGAUUACAAUGAAAAAUGUUGGGACUGUUCAUUCGAUUAUGGCGAAGACAAGCAGAAGGGUAUUUGUUUAAUAAAAGAAGAAUUUAUUAUUGAGGACCAUGUAAGACAAUUGAGUGAUCAGUGCUUGACAAAAAUUGAUAAGCAGAAAGUAUCUACUGAUACAGAUGUAGAAGAUACAUCAUGGGACCAAGUGCCUGCUAAGAAAGCGAAAUUGGAAGAUAAGAGAGAGAAGCUCAGAGGACAAAAUAAAGCGAGACCACCUCCAUUCAAAGUUUCUAAGGAAUUGAGUUUAUGUCCAUGGAUCGCGGAUCAAACUACAAAUGAAUCAGAAAGAAAAUGCUCGAAUCAACGCUGUACUUUCCUACAUGAUCGGAAAAAGUAUCUGAAGAUUAGGCCAGAAGACAUAGAUACAGAGUGCUAUAUUUUUAAUUUGACUGGCAAGUGCCCAAGAGGAAUCACUUGUAGAAUGGGCUCAGGACACUUGACUGAAGAUGGCUUCAACGUUAUUGACGAAAAGAAACUCGAGGAGUACAGCAAAUGUCCACCAGCUGUCAAAAAUCACUUAUCCAAGGAUUUGCAAAACAAAUUGCGCAAGCACAAGUAUAAUUUCUCCAAGGCAGAGGCAAUCAUCAAAGCCAACGGUCCAUCUAUGAAAAAAAUGCAAUUGCAAAGUUUGAAUAGUAAAGGAGAAGAUAAAAAUACAAAAUCAGAUGUCAUGAUUAAUAUUUCUGACAAUAGCGAGAAAGUGGCGAAACAUAUUUCUGAUAAUGCGAAUGUCGAGAAAAUGGAAACAGACGCUUCUAAUUGCAAUAUUACGUGUAAAUCAAAAGAAUUGAAAAUCGGACCCGUGGACGACAGUGAUUUGAUCCGAUUGCGACAAUCGGAGAAAAAGACGAUUGAUUGGAACGGUAAGAUACUACUCAGUCCUCUGACUACAGUAGGCAAUCUGCCAUUUCGAAGGAUUUGUAAGGAAUAUGGUGCGGAUAUAACCUGUGGCGAGAUGGCAUUAGCGCCGAAUAUACUGAAAGGCACGCAGGAGGAAUGGGCAUUGGUGAAGCGACACGAGAGCGAGGAUAUCUUCGGUGUGCAGCUCUGUGGUAAUAAUCCGGGAGUACUGGCACGAUGUGCACAAUUGCUCAAUCAUGAGAUCGAUGCGGACUACAUAGAUUUGAAUCUUGGGUGUCCGAUCGAUAUGAUUUACAAAAACGGAGGCGGCAGCGGUAUGCUCAAUCGAUUGAACGUACUCGAAACCGUAAUAAAAUCUGUUAGCCAGGUGUUGGACAUACCCUUAUCCGUUAAGACCAGAACUGGGGUCUACAUAGAUAAACCGAUCGCACAUAAUCUAAUGCCGAGAUUUCGAGAUUGGGGUGUGUCCAUGAUUACCGUUCAUGGCAGAUCGCGUGAGCAGAGAUAUACGAAGUUGGCCGAUUGGGAGUAUAUAGAAAAAUGUGCAGUAGCAGCGCAGCCGAUACCCGUGUUCGGAAACGGUGAUAUCUUGUCCUUUGAUGACUAUCGUCGCACGAAAGAGACCUACAGUACUGUGCAGGGCAUCACUAUUGGACGAGGAGCGGUAAUCAAACCUUGGAUUUUUACCGAGAUAAAGGAAAGAAAGUUAAUCGACAUAUCGAGCGCAGAGAGAUUCGACAUUCUCAAGAAAUAUGCGAAUUACGGGCUUGAGCACUGGGGAUCUGACACUCGCGGCGUCGAAAAUACCAGGAGAUUCAUGCUAGAAUGGAUCUCCUUCCUUCACAGAUAUAUUCCUGUUGGAAUUUUGGAGAGACCACCACAGCGAAUCAACGAGAGACCACCGUUUUACAGAGGUCGCGAUGAUAUGGAAACGCUGAUGGCUAGUUCCAACUGCGCCGAUUGGGUGAAAUUAUCUGAGAUGUUACUUGGGAAAGUGCCUGAUGGAUUUCGUUUUUUACCAAAGCACAAGGCGAACUCGUGGAAAUAAUCUAUUGCAGGAAGAAUAGAAAAAUAUUUCUCGAGGUGACUAAUAUAAUAUUUCUAUUCUUCUACGUUGUUGAUUAUUCGCAAUAACGUGAUACAUAAAAGAGAAGGAUUAAU